AUUAUUAUUACAGUACCCGACCUACCACCUGCAGGAAUAACAGCAAACGUUUCAUCUCCUACCUCAAUCACAGUGAGCUGGAAACCAGUCCCUCAGGGUUAUGUGAACGGCGUGGUACUGGGGUACAGAGUUCUGUUUGCUGCCGCAGCUAAGCCUAACGCAAAACAUAACUUUACCGUACAUUUCAAUAUCUCUGCACUCGAAGGAUAUGGUUUGAUGAGGUUCACUAAUUAUUGUGUGCAAGCUUUGGCUUUCACGAAAAAUGGCGAUGGGAAAAUGAGUGACUGUCUGUACGUUUUGACUAAUAUGGGUGGUAAGUAAAACUAUACUGCAAUGGUAGCAGAUUUUCCACUUCUCUUGUUCCUUUUGAGAGGGGAGUCAGAAAAGUCAUUGUGUUGACUAAGACUGGACUAUCUAUCCAUUUUUCUUUUUAAUGUGAGGGAUACCGUAAAACGCGCAAUAAUCUUAAUCCAGUUAUGAUCAGGUACUAAAAGACAAAUGGUAAUCGUGUUAUUUAUGACGAUGAGCUUUUUUUAAUGUAACGUUGAUUUACAACGUUCUCAACUUGCAGUACCGUCACUGGCUCCUUCCAAUCUCUCCUUCUUCAUCUCCGAUGGUAGCACUGUCAAUUUAUCUUGGCACUUAGUACCGGAAAGAGAAGAGGAGGUCCCGAUUGUAGGAUACGCAAUAUUUAUGAGCGGUUCUCAUAGUGGCGCCAUCAAGUUUGUAGCUCCGUGUGCCUCGUCUCUUCUGCUAAAGAAUGUUAGCUUCUCCGACGACACAUGCAUCCAAAUGGCUGCAUUAAGCAUAGAUGGAUCUGGCAUUUUAAGUGAUUGUGCAACUGGUGAGUAGUUUUAUGGGCUAAUUGUACCGCAAAAGUAGGCACUGCUGAAGACCAUGCGGGGUCAAGACAACGAAGCAAUGUGCAAAACAUCUCCUUGUAUCAAUGAUGAUCACAUUCGUUACUGUAAAUAGUUAAUCGUAUGCAGUAUGUCGACUCUUUUCAUAGAUGGACAAAGUAUAUCCUCUCUAUAAUUCUCCUCUAAUAAAUACUAAGCCAAUUUGCGCGAUACCUACAGAAUUAUUCCGGCUGGGAAACUGAAAUACUUGAUUCUUGCAAUAACAUGUUAGAAGUUGCAUUUAGAGCUGGGACCAAAUGGGGAAUUUCCUCUCUUCACUAAAAUUUUAGAUAAUGUUGCAUAUCCCCUUUCAUCUUUCCGUAUCCUUGCAGGUUCAUGGAGAGGUAAGAGAAAAAUCCCAGUUUGGACUUAUACUACAAAGACAAUGAGUUCAUCUUCGAUUCAACUUAACCUGCAGAACGACACAGAAAAACAAACAAAUGGACUAUUGGAAGGUUUUUACAUCAAUUAUCAUGCUGUCAGAAGAGGAGGUGAACCAGUUCCUGACUUACUUUCAGAGCCAAAUCAUACAAUGACGGUCUGUGCUAGUGCUACGACAGUGAUUCUCACUGGCCUAACGAUUUACACCACGUAUAAGAUUGAGGUGGCCUUGAUAACAUCCAAGGGCACGGGAAAGUUCAGCGAGCCCUUAUACGCAGGUAUUUGUAAAAAUAUAUUUCUUAUUUGCUGAAAGGUCUUUUCCUAAGAAAAAAAGUUGGCCCGUACCAAAGGAUUGGAACGUGAAAUAAAAUGCACAAAGCGCAUGCGUUAUUCUUUCUUUUACCCAUAAUUCCUCUUGCUCAACACUUUUCAGUGGUUGUACAGUGGACUAUACAUAACGUCUUAUGAGAAGGCUGAUAUCUAAUACAUUAAAUCAUCUUCUCCAUUUUGGAUCGGUUCUAGGACAAGAAUUAUAUUAUAUCAUCUUCUUUCAUCUUCUUUCUUUUAUUACCUUCAAUAUUAUUCACUGCAAUUCUGAAAAAUUUCCUGUCUUUACAGAGACUUGUCGAUGCAACGAGAACUUGAGUAUCUCCAUUGUUCCAAACUCCUUAGACACAUUAGGAACGGUCUCUCUCAGUCGAGUCAUCCGUGAUCUGGUAAACAGCACGUGUGGCAGAUGCGAUGCGUACAGGCACAACUAUUUGACAUCUUCUAACAUCACACGGGAAGGCCAAAUUUUCUUUCCAGUGACAAGGACCCAGGCUAUUGGUGACACGGCCUAUAGCAAGUUUGUUCCAGUGAUAUCUGUACCUGGGUUUGUUGUUGUUAAAAGAAGAAACUCUCCCAUUCCUACACUUACAAAACUUCUAACAAACUCUAUCUUUGAGUCUUGGCCUGUUUGCGUAUUGGCUUUGCUGACGUCUCUUUUAGCGGGGAUAAUCAUUUGGAUUUUGGUAAGAUUCUUCAGUCUUGCUGUUUAAUUCAUGAAGGUAAGGCGAGGAACCAGAUGUCCCAUCGUGGUGAUGCUUUCCUGAUUUUUCGAGAGGUUUAGGUAUUUUGUUGGUCUCCGCUAAAAGGUUGCAGCACCGUCUUAUGCAUACCCCCUUAACAUCCCCCGAAGCCCGAACUUAAGCAACACCAAAUCGCUUUGCACACUUGAUUACACAACCGCACACACGCUCUCUUGGUCACAUGACCCAAGUUCCCGCGUUGCAUAACUCCCGGAUGUCACGCGAACACUAUAAUUACCUUGUAGAAUAGCGUCCCUAGCAGUUUUACAGUACCCAUUUCUAUUUCUAAAUGAAGACAGUGUGUCAGUUAAUAUUUGCGCCCGGUUACACAAAACAACGACCCUUCUAGGGCUUGACACCAGAUUGGGGUUUAAUGAACUAAACACUUCUCCUAAACGCCCCUUAAAUAGAGCUGACCCAAAAUCCCAGUAAAUGCAGCUUCAGUAAUCGAAAUUUUGUACUCUCGUAUGGAUUUACGCGUCUCCUACCAUUUAGGACUCGAAAGCAAACCCGGAGCACUUCCCGAGGACGUUUUUUAAGGGAGCUGGUGCUGGCUUCUGGUGGUCUUUUAUCACCAUGUCAACUGUUGGGUGAGUUUGCUUAGAAGUUGUCUUUUUCUCGAUCAUAACAUCACGCACAAUGCAGAGUUUACGGGAGAUAAUAAUUAAUGAUUUUAACUAUAAACAGAUUACUCUGCUCAUUACGAUGGUUCGUUGCAUAUGAUCUAUAAUAGUAGAGGGGUCAUCCAAAACUUUGUUCAACAUGGUGCUCGGUUUUCAAAAUGUUUGCAGAAAGUUCUAAAGAUUUAGAAAGUUAAAGCCUCGAAAAAAAUAACAGUAGCUUUCUACGAGAGAAAAGAUGUGAGAGGAAAGAAACCGAGUUCCUAAUGUCUUAAAAAAUCCUCGACAAGAGCUCGAUCAAUUGAGGAAGUAGACGAAAUUUUGCGAUUUUUUCAGGUUUCUUUUCUGUUCAAUUGAUUCCAUCACGCCUUGUACCCUUCAUUCAGAUCACAUAAGAGCUCAAAACAUGGUGACACCAUUAUUGAACCACUUGCUUGAGGCUCAUGAGGCACAUUUUAGUCUUAUCACUUACGAAUUAUUUCUUUUCUUGUUCGUUCUGGUCAUCUAUUACUUAACCUUCUUUGAACAGAUAUGGUGACCGCUGUCCUCAGUCCGUCCCAGCCAAGUUAUUCGCGAUAGUCUGGUUUCUAGUCGGACUUGUAAUUUUUGCUCUGUUCCUCGGAACUUUGACAUCAUUGCUAACUGUGACAGUGGUUAGGAUUCGCACGGAUGCAAAUAGUCCGAGCUCGUCUGGUGAUGGCAAGGUAAUUGAUUUUCUGUCAUUAACACUUUCAUCCGUAAUUUAAACAUUAAGGUCAAGAGUAUUAACUAAAGAAGCUCUUGAUUGUUAAACAAAUUCUCGUUAAGAAAUAUGCAUACUGAUAUGAUGUUGUAAAGGUUUUAUAAGUUAGGAGACUUGACAUGUCACGUUUCUAGUCAGUUUUGAUCGGAGAAUUGCGUGACAUGUUUAAAAAUGGUUAAUUUAAGACUAGACUUACGCUUCAUAGUACAACAAUUAACUGUCAGAUGAUGUGAAAAUGUUUCUACCUCAGGUUGCAGUAGUUGCCAACUCGUCCUCACAUCAAGUGGCCGUUAAAAAAUUUCCCAACAAGCUAGCCAUCGGUGAGUAACAGACUUCAUGACCCAGAUAAUCGACCGUUUAAAUCACAAACUACAUGACUAGAAUUUUAUUCUUGCAGGAUCUACUUUCCCAGAUUUAAACUCCAUGGUUGAAGCUUUGAGAAAUGGCAACAUAAGUUCAAUGUUACUUGACAUGUACGUUCCAGUCAAGAGAAAAGAUCUCUUUAACGGCUCCUGGUUUCAUGUCUCGGACUUUCUAGAGGGUGAAAUAGCGCAUGGUAUUCUUCUACAAGAUGAAGGAGUCAGUCUUGCAAAACAAUUGAAAAAUGUGAUGGGAGUGAACAACGUAGAGGCAGAAUUCUUAAAACAGGAUGACGAGGUUACAGAGCAAUCUGAAGAGGAAGAGGUAAUAAUCGUAAGUGGAACAGUUUUCAUUUGAGUUUCAAAAAAAAAAACCACAAGUAAUCAGAACAGUCAACCUAGGCGAAGGCUGACACCAUCAUUAGCCAAUCAGAACUCUGAUUAAAAAUAGGUAGACUGCAUGAAACGCGGAAAAAUACGAGUGUACCAAUCAAGAUUGGUUUUAGGCUUGAGUUUGAUUGGUUGAGAGGGUGGCGCGGACCAAUCACGGAGCGACAUAAGUAUAGAAAAACCAAAACAAUCAUGAAUAAAGGGGGUAAGUUUCCGAAAAAAUUGUGGUGUUGCGUCGUUGGGAGAGUAUAACAGUGUAAUUUAGUAUUAUCAAAUAUGUUGAUAACGUAAAUUGGCCACCGUAAAAAGUUACAGAGCUGGCGUUUCGAGCGUUAGUCCUUCAUGAGAGCGAAUGGAUUACUGUUGACACUCCACAGGAAACAGCUCUAUUCCUACUAUUAACUUUAGAUUCUAAUUUAGGGAUUUUAAAACAAGAUAAAAAGGAGCGCAGUCUAAAGGAGUUUUGUGAAACCAAAGCCUACACAAUCACAUUGUUGACACUCCUCUUUUUAUUUCAUUUUCUAGACUGAGUCUACAUCAGUCGUGUUCUUUGAACCCAGCAGUCCUUACUUCCUGAACACGAUGGUGGUCAGUGUUGGACUCCUAUUACUCGCUGUUACGUGUGGUUUGUUUUACCAGGCCUUUUGUUAUAGGUCAUGCUGUAAAAGAAAAAGCAAAGGUAUGUCUUUUUUCAAAGUAAGUCAGCAGUAUCUUCGGUGUUCGAUAGACCAAUCGACAGGGAAAUGACUGAUGGGAUAGAGGAGUUGGGACGAUCGUUCCUACAGACGGAGAGACAGACAGACUAUAGAAUUCGUGAAUUAUGAUAAUGUAACUAACGCACCUAACGUUAUACCAUGUGACAAACUGAAUUACCGGUAUAUUGACUUGGCAAAUUAUGAACGACUGACUGGCUGAUAGACUGACUGAAUAACUGACUUAUUGACUCGCUGACUGGCAAGCUGAGCGAUCCAUAAACUGACUGACAGACUGGUUAGACCAUCAACCUUCUCAACAAUAUCACUUAUUUCAGGAACCUGCAGAUGUAAAAUCAUGAAGCAGGACAUCUCUGAAUCAUUGGAAAUAUUUUAUCAUAGUUUUUCUCAAACAUAUCAUCGACUGCGCGAAAGACAAAUACGACUACUCCAACUUGGGAUGAAAAGAAAACGGGCCGAUUCCAAGGAAUCGAACACGAUAUAUGACAACGACAUAAUUCUUGCAAGAAUGUAUUAA